GCCAGGGAGCGCGCCGACGCGCGGGCGGCCGCGGCCGAGCCCGAGGGUGAGCGGCACCCCCGCCCUCCCGGCCAUGGCCCCCGCCCGGGGCCGCCUGCACCCGGCGCUCUGGGUCGUCACUGCCGUGGCGGCGGCAGCCACCAGCGUGUCCGCGGCGCGCGGCGAAGUGAACUUGCUGGACACGUCCACCAUCCACGGGGACUGGGGCUGGCUCACAUAUCCGGCUCACGGGUGGGACUCCAUCAACGAGGUGGACGAGUCCUUCCGGCCCAUCCACACGUACCAGGUGUGCAACGUCAUGAGCCCCAACCAGAACAACUGGCUGCGCACCAGCUGGGUGCCGCGCGAUGGCGCCCGGCGUGUCUACGCCGAGAUCAAGUUCACCCUGCGCGACUGCAACAGCAUGCCCGGCGUGCUGGGCACCUGCAAGGAGACCUUCAACCUUUACUACCUGGAGUCAGACCGCGACCUGGGCGCCAGCACGCAAGAAAGCCAGUUCCUCAAAAUCGACACCAUCGCAGCCGACGAGAGCUUCACGGGUGCGGACCUGGGCGUGCGGCGCCUCAAGCUCAACACGGAGGUGCGCGGCGUGGGCCCGCUCAGCAAGCGCGGCUUCUAUCUGGCCUUCCAGGACAUCGGGGCCUGCCUCGCCAUCCUGUCCCUGCGCAUCUACUACAAGAAGUGCCCCACCAUGGUGCGCAACCUGGCUGCCUUCUCGGAGGCGGUGACAGGGGCCGACUCGUCCUCGCUGGUGGAGGUGCGGGGCCAGUGCGUGCGGCACUCGGAGGAGCGGGACACGCCCAAGAUGUACUGCAGUGCCGAGGGCGAGUGGCUGGUGCCCAUCGGCAAGUGCGUGUGCAGCGCCGGCUACGAGGAGCGGCAGGAUGCCUGUGUGGCCUGUGAGCUGGGCUUCUACAAGUCAGCCCCCGGGGACCAGCUCUGUGCCCGCUGCCCUCCCCACAGCCACUCGGCGUCUCCGGCCACCCAGGCCUGUCGCUGUGACCUCAGCUACUACCGCGCAGCCCUAGACCCGCCGUCGGCAGCCUGCACCCGGCCGCCCUCGGCACCAGUGAAUCUGAUCUCCAGUGUGAAUGGGACAUCCGUGACCCUGGAGUGGGCCCCUCCCCUGGACCCGGGCGGCCGCAGCGACAUCACCUACAAUGCCGUGUGCCGCCGCUGCCCCUGGGCGUUGGGCCGCUGCGAGAAGUGCGGGGGCGGCACCCGCUUCGUGCCCCAGCAGACGAGCCUGGUGCAGGCCAGCCUGCUGGUGGCCAACCUGCUGGCGCACAUGAACUACUCCUUCUGGAUCGAGGCCGUCAACGGCGUGUCGGACCUGAGCCCCGAGCCCCGCCGGGCCGCGGUCGUCAACAUCACCACGAACCAGGCAGCCCCGUCCCAGGUGGUGGUGAUCCGCCAGGAGUGGGCAGGCCAGACCAGCGUCUCGCUGCUGUGGCAGGAGCCUGAACAGCCCAAUGGCAUCAUCCUGGAGUACGAGAUCAAGUACUACGAGAAGGACAAGGAGAUGCAGAGCUACUCCACCCUCAAAGCCGUCACCACCAAGGCCACCGUCUCGGGCCUCAAGCCGGGUACCCGCUACGUGUUCCAGGUCAGAGCCCGCACCUCAGCAGGCUGCGGCCGCUUCAGCCAGGCCAUGGAGGUGGAGACCGGGAAACCCCCAGGGCCGCGCUACGACACCAGGACCAUCGUGUGGAUCUGCCUGACACUCAUCACCGGCCUGGUUGUGCUUCUGCUCCUGCUCAUCUGCAAGAAGCGUCACUGCGGCUACAGCAAGGCCUUCCAGGACUCGGAUGAGGAGAAGAUGCACUAUCAGAACGGGCAGGGUGUGUCUUAUGGCCCAAAAAAUGCGGCACCUCCACCUGUCUUCCUGCCCCUGCACCACCCCCCGGGGAAGAUGCUGGAGCCCCAGUUCUAUGCAGAACCCCACACCUACGAGGAGCCGGCCCUGGUGGGCCGUGGUUUCACCCGAGAGAUUGAGGCCUCUAGGAUCCACAUCGAAAAAAUCAUCGGCUCCGGAGAGUCGGGGGAAGUCUGCUACGGGCGGCUGCGGGUGCCGGGGCAGCGGGACGUGCCCGUGGCCAUCAAGGCCCUCAAAGCCGGCUACACGGAGAGACAGCGGCAGGACUUCCUCAGUGAGGCGUCCAUCAUGGGUCAGUUUGACCACCCCAACAUCAUCCGCCUGGAAGGCGUCGUCACGCGAGGCCGCCUGGCGAUGAUCGUGACCGAGUACAUGGAGAACGGCUCUCUGGACACCUUCCUGAGGACUCACGACGGGCAGUUCACCAUCACGCAGCUGGUGGGCAUGCUCAGGGGCGUGGGCGCCGGCAUGCGCUACCUCUCAGACCUGGGCUACGUCCACCGAGACCUGGCCGCCCGCAACGUCCUGGUUGACGGCAACCUGGUCUGCAAAGUGUCUGACUUCGGGCUCUCUCGGGUGCUGGAGGACGACCCCAACGGCGCCUACACCACCACGGGAGGGAAGAUCCCCAUCCGCUGGACGGCCCCUGAGGCCAUCGCCUUCCGGACCUUCUCCUCGGCCAGUGACGUGUGGAGCUUUGGCGUGGUCAUGUGGGAGGUGCUGGCCUACGGGGAGAGGCCCUACUGGAACAUGACCAACCGUGACGUCAUCAGCUCCGUGGAGGAGGGGUACCGCCUGCCGGCGCCCAUGGGCUGCCCCCGCGCCCUGCACCAGCUCAUGCUCGACUGCUGGCACAAGGACCGGGCUCAGCGGCCUCGCUUUUCCCAGAUUGUCAGCAUCCUUGACGCGCUGACCUGCAACCCUGAGAGUCUCCGGGCCACGGCCACUGUCAGCAGGUGUCCAGCCCCCGCCUUUGCCCAGAGCUGCUUUGACCUCCGGGGGAGCGGGGGUGGCAGUGGCGGCCUCACCGUGGGGGACUGGCUGGACUCCAUCCGCAUGGGCCGCUACCGGGACCACUUCGCUGCAGGUGGUUACUCGUCUCUGGGCAUGGUGCUUCGAAUGAACGCCCAGGACGUGCGUGCCCUCGGCAUCACCCUCAUGGGCCACCAGAAGAAGAUCCUGGGCAGCAUCCAGACCAUGAGGACCCAGCUCACCAGCACCCAGGGGCCCCGCCGGCACCUCUGACCAAUGCACGCCAGCCCUGGGUCCUGCCAGCUGUCGGAGGACUUGCAGGGGUGGCCGGUGGUCCGGGCAGCCCCAGGCUUCUGCUCCUGCUCCUUGGCUGCCUUCCCGUCGGACACCCACGAGGCCGAGGACUGCCCCCCAGGGCCUAGAAUCGUCGGGGUCAGGCCACCUGCAGAGGGACCUUUGGUGCCCAGCAUGGCUGGGACCCCUGGCCCAGGACAGGGGCCUCAACGCCACUGAGCCCAACGGAGACAUCAGUCACCUGCCUCUGUGUGUGUGAGCCUGUGUGCACACACGUGUGCUCCUGUGUUUUCUCACAAGGCCAUGGGACCACGUGUGUGUGUGUCCACCCACCGGGUCCCAGAGUGGACGUGUCAGCUAGGGCAUGAGGGCUCAUCCACUAAGACAGGGACACGAGUACACGUGACUGCAGGUGGCAUGUCGUGGGUGAGGAUGGUGUCACAAGCCUGUGAGCGGAGACCCUGGUGUGACACUGCCUGCGGAACACGGGCCCAGGCCCCAGCACCCGCAGGGACUGAAGCGAGGCUCAGACCCACCUCCCCCUGGCCUGGAGGCCGGAGCCAAAGGCCGCCUCUGACCCCACACCAGCACCAGACCCGCCCUUGUCCCCACCCCGGGGGAGCCCACUCCCGGCUCUAUCUCAGGUCCCAGCCCUCCCUCCAGCCGGUGGGGGCCACCUGCAGCCUCCACCUGGCUUCCACCACUGCUUCAACGGGAAAACAGGGUUCCCGGCCAGCGCCCCUGGCCACCUCUGCGUGGGCAUCACCGCAGGGUACAUGAGAUGCCCGCAGCUGGACUUGGCUGCCUGGCUAGGGGCCCGGAGCCACCAAAUUCCCUCUCGUCUCUGAUGUCCCCCUCAGCCCAGGGCUCCUUUCUUGUGAGUCCCCCUGCCCCCCUCACCGCCCCCCAGCCCCACGCCUGGAAUCAGGGACCAUACGAUCCUAGAGCUUUGGAGCCCCAAGCACCGCUCCUGCACCACCGGGGCACCCCCAGGGAGUGAGCGUGUCUUGUCCAAGGUCACAGAGCAGCCAAGUUUCUGAGCCACACCUCCUCCCAGGGCUUUUCCCCUACACCCUCCCACCAGAACAGCUGUGCGUGGGAGGGGGCUUCCGACCC